AUGGCUACCCUCCGCGUAUCCAAGUUCGUCGAGGUCAAUGGCCACCCAAACUACGUUGACAUCGACGGCAAGCCCUCCGGUCCCGUCAUGCUCUGCUGUCACGGCCUUGGCGGUAGUACCAACCUCUUCCAGCCGCUUAUAACCACCUAUGCCGCCAAGUUCAAAAUUAUCCGCUUCGACUUCAAAGGCCUCGCCCGCACUGGUCACGACUCGCAAUGCAAGCGCCGCAUCACCAUUCCCGCCUACGUUGAAGAUGUUGCCGCCCUCCUCGCUCACGAGGAGAUUAAUGAGCCAGUAGUACUGGUCGGGCACAGUCUGGGCAGUGUGGUGCUCAUGCACUAUGCUGCUCAGUUCCCAUCCAAAGUGCAUGCUCUCGUGCUCCUUGGCCCAGGCAAGACCCGUGCCAACGUCCCCGCCGCCAAAGCGUUCAUUCUAGGCAUGGCCAAGAAUGCCCGCGAGCUGGGCAUGCCCGCCAUGGCAGACGGCACAGUCGCCAAGAACGUGGCGCCCUCUUCGUCGGAUGUGGUGCGGGCCUUUGUCAGGGAGGUCAUUGCUGCGCAGAGCGGCGAGGGAUAUGCGCAGGUGUGUGAGGCGGCGUGUGACGAGACCCAUGUUGAUCCUGAGUAUGGGAGAAUCAGCUGUCCCACUAUGAUUAUCGCGGGCGACCAGGACCUGAUCUCGUCGAUUGACACGGCAAGGGAGAUACAGGGGGCGAUUACUGGGAGCUUGUUGGAAGUGGUCAAGGCUGGCCACCAACAUGUACUGGAGGACCCGCAAGGAGUCGUUCAAGCGAUGAAUGUCAUUUUGGAAAAGCCUCUGGCCUAG